AUGGCUUUCCCUUUACGCUUCUUAUCAUCACUGUUGUUGUGCCUCUUGGCCCUCCUCCUCCACGGGGCAGCGGUGACAAGUGGAUGUUUCAGCAUGGAGAGGGAGGCACUGUUGGACUUCAAAGCCGGCAUCCACGACACCCAUAACCGGCUAUCUUCUUGGGUAGGCCAAGACUGCUGCGCAUGGGAGGGGGUCAUCUGUGGUGCCACCACUGGCCACGUCGUCAUGCUGGACGUCCGAAACACAAAUAUUACAGAUGAUUGGGCAUUACGCGGUGAGAGGAUGAACUCGUCAUUGCUUGCUUUAUCACAUCUGGAGCACUUGGAUCUUAGCUUCAAUGAUUUCAGCGGGAUCCGCAUGCCGGAAUUCGUCGGCUCCUUCAAGAAACUGAGAUACCUCAAUCUAUCUUUUACAUCUUUCAUGGGAGGAAUACCUGCUCGGCUGGGGAACCUUUCGAGCCUCUACGUUCUUGAUCUAAGCUAUGCUUUACAUUUUACAUCCCAUGUUGACAACCUCGACUGGCUCUCCCAUCUUACCUCCCUGAAGCACCUGGACUUGAGCGGGUUGAAGCUAACCGGUACCCCAGAUUGGUUCUCAUCCGUGAACAUGCUGCCAUCCCUCCAAGUGUUAAGUAUGUCUUCCGUUGGUCUCGAUACCAUCCCAGCUUCUGUUGUCCAUGUCAACUUCACCUCCUCUCUUACCGUCCUUGAUCUCUCCAUUAAUAAUUUCGACUCCACCUUACCCAAAUGGUUGUGGAAUAUUAGUGGUCUUACCCAUCUUGGUCUUACCCAAAUGAAAGAAUUAUAUAUGUCGGACAACCAAUUGACAGGAAAUUUGAGCGGUUGGUUGGAGCAAAUGACGAAUCUCAUCACUUUGGAUCUCAGCUAUAAUUUAUUCAACGGUUCCAUGCCUUCCUCCUCCGUUGGUAAGUUGUCUAAUCUCACUGAAUUGUAUCUCGGUGGAAAUUCUCUGGGAGGUGCCAUUUCAGAAGUUCAAUUGGAGAAUCUUACCAGCUUGCAAGUAUUAGACUUGUAUGACAACUCCAUCACCAUAUCAAUUGGGCAGAGUUGGGUCCCUCCUUUCCAACUCAGAUUAGUAGAUUUAACCAAAUGUCAGUUGGGACCUCAAUUUCCAGAAUGGUUGCAGUUUCAAACACAGAUAAUAGAAUUAUUUUUGAAAGACUGUAAAAUUGCAGGGACAAUGCCCGCUUGGUUUGGGAAUAUUUCAUCUUCUACCAUCACAUAUUUAGACCUUUCCAACAACCAAAUAGGAGGCAAGCUGCCAUCUUCUUUCAAGUUCACCAAGUUGGAAACAUUAUCUUUGCGUUCUAACAGAUUUGACGGGGGUUUAUCUUCAUCAAUCUGCCAAUGGACAUAUCUUAAAUUUCUUGACCUUUCGAACAAUAAAUUAUUUGGUGAGAUACCAAAACGAAUUGGAGAUCUUGCUGGACUCAAUAACUUAAAUUUAUCAAGAAAUCAUUUACAAGGAAAAAUCCCUUAG